CUUCAUCUUCUGCUUCCGUUAUAUGGGCCCCGUUAGGUUUACUAACGCAUAACCCACUUGCUAUCUAUUAACUCCUGUACAUACAGGAGCGUUGUUCCGAGCAUUCCUUUUCGCACCCCGAAAGGAUUCGGGCUUCCCGAUAACCUUCGCACCCGACAACGUAAUUGACAUAUACACUUGGCCCCCCGCAACAAGAUAUAAAAAGAUUCACGUAUGCUCAUCUUCAAAACACUCACAGAAGUCUUAUUUUGAAUAUCAAGUCAUUUUAUAUCAGCUAUCAUAAUGUCGGAGACAAUUAAGCCCGUCAGCAUCCCCAACAUUGCUUGGGAGACUGCCGCCAAUAUACUUCUCCCGCCGAACUUCGACAAGAACAAGAACUAUCCCGCUGUGGUGUCUGCUCACCCCAUCGGAUCCUGCAAGGAACAGACCGCAGGAAAUGUCUAUGGAAAAGCAAUGGCAGAGGCCGGUUUUGUGGUUGUCACCUUUGACGCUUCUUUCCAGGGCGCCUCAGGUGGUGAGCCACGGUUUAUCGAGGACCCUGAAUUCCGCGUUUCCGACUUUCGCUUUGUCGUCGACUACAUCCAGAAACUGCCAUACGUCGAUGCAGAGCGUAUUGGCGUGCUUGGAAUCUGCGGCGGAGGUGGCUACGCGGUCAACGCAGCCAUGACUGAUUACCGCUUCAAGUGCUGUGUCGGUAUCACACCGGUCAACUUUGGUCGGCUCUCCCGCGAAGCCUUUGGCAAUUUCGACCCUGUCGCCACUCUUGAGAACAUAGCUAAGCAGCGUACUGUCGAGGCCCAAGGUGGUGACCGCCUCGUCAUUAAUCUUCUCCCACCCUCUGUCGAAGAGGCGAAGAAAUCGACUACGGACAUCGACGUUCUUGAGGCAACCGAGUACUAUAAGACCAGCCGUGGCCAGGCGCCCAACGGGUGCACCAGCGGUCUCUUAUCGUUCAACAGCGCCGCCCUCUCGUGGGAUGCCUUCAACCACGCAGAGGUCCUCAUGACAAGGCCCCUCAUGGUCGUCGUUGGUGACAGGCCCGGGGGCUUUGGCGCCUACCGCGAUGCCCUGGAGAUUCAUGGCCGGGCAGGCUCCAAGGAGAAGCAUGUCGUCGUUCUACCUGGGGUUUCACACUAUAUGUUGUACGACAAGCCUGAGGCGGUCAAGCCUGCUCUCGAUCAGGUCCUUCCUUUCCUUAAGAAGCACCUCGGGGAAGCCAGGUAGAUAGAAUUAAUGCUAUGAUUUGGGACGAAAUGAAUGAGAUGAAAAUAUUGAAAGAGAUUGUGUAAAAGUGCUUUUUGUCGAGCAUUUUCUUCAGAUGAAAGUUCCCAUAUGUACAUACAUGCUUUAGCUAGCCCUGAUCAUUGAUCGUGAUGAAUCCUCCUCCACG